AUGGACGGCCUCCGCGUCGCAAAGGUCGAGAGCGUCGUCCUGGAGGGUACGGCGCGUCAGCCUCCGUACGCUCGUCUUCACAUCGAGGGGACCCUACACCUCACCCCACACCAUCUCUUCUUCUCACCAUCCUCUCCUGGCGCCAAUGUGGAGAAGCCGCGCGCAACUGAGACUGAAGAGGAGAUCUGGAUCCCCUACCCGACCAUCAACGUGCUUCAGCGCCUCCCACAGACCGCCGCGGGCAAGUACCCACUCCUCGUGGGCACCAAGACGUUUGACAACUACACCCUGUUGUUCGAGAAAUGGGGAGAAGGUGGCGCAGAGGACGUGUGGGCAAGCGUACGCGACUGUGCCGUGACCCAAUCCGUCGAGCAACUGUACGCAUUCUUCUACACCCUCCCGCGCUCGCCUGUCGCGAGCACGAGCGCGCUCCCCAAUCCCGCCAACGCCACCUCCAUCCCCGCUUCCAACCCGCUGUCCCCCACCCCAGUGUCCGCUUCGCCUGAGAAGCCGUCGCCUGUCGCCACUGCAGCUGACACACCAGUACCACCAGCCACCGGGUGGUACGUGUACAACCCGCGCACCGAGUUUGCGCGGCAGGGCGUGGGCUCGCGCACGCGCGCGUGGCGCUUUACGGAUAUCAACCGCGACUAUUCAUUAUGCCCAACGUAUCCCGCCAAGCUCGUUGUGCCAACCCGCAUCUCUGACUCAGUGCUGGCGUACGCGGCCAAGUACCGGAGUAAGGCGCGCAUACCGGCCCUCUCGUACCUGCACUGGGCGAACCAGGCGAGCAUCACACGCUCGUCCCAGCCUAUGGUUGGAAUCAAGGGCAACCGGAGCGCUCAGGACGAGCGCCUUGUCGAGUGCAUCUUCUCCUCGCACCAGUCGCCCGAGAGCGGAGGUUCGGCGCAGCUCACGCCCUCAGCGUCGAGCUCUAACCUCACCACCUUUCCCGCGUCACAGGUGUAUGGCGCAACAUGCACCAACCUCAUCAUCGACGCGCGGCCAACGACCAACGCCAUGGCCAACGUCGCCAAGGGUGCCGGCACCGAGAACAUGGAUCAUUACCGCUGGGCCGAAAAGGCGUACCUCGGCAUCGACAACAUCCAUGUCAUGCGCAACAGCCUCAAGACUGUUGUCACCACGCUGGCCGAGGCGAGCGCAGGUGGGAUGCCCGUCGACCGCGACAAGCUGCGCAGGUCGGGGUGGCUCAAGCAUCUCACGGCGAUCCUCGAUGGGUCGGUCAUGAUCGUCAAGAACAUCCACAUCAAUUCAUCGCACGUGCUCAUCCACUGCUCCGACGGGUGGGACCGCACGUCGCAGCUCAGCGCGGUGGCACAACUCUGUCUGGAUCCCUACUACCGUACGCUUGACGGCUUCCGCGUACUGGUGGAGAAGGACUGGCUCGCAUUCGGGCACAUGUUCAUGCACCGUUCGGGACACUUGUCCUCGGCCAAGCUCUUCACUGCGACGCCAGACAACAUUGACGGCGUGGAUGACGAGAGUGACGACGACUUUGGCAUCGCCGUCAAGGGCGCGCAGGCCUUCUUUGCAUCCAUGUCGAAGCAGUUCACUUCAAGCUCUCACUUGAAGGAGAUCUCGCCCGUCUUCCACCAGUUCCUUGACUGUGUGCGCCAGAUCCAGCACCAGUUCCCCGACCGCUUCGAGUUUAACGAAGACUACCUCCUCGACCUGCACUACCACCUCUACGCCUGUCAGUUCGGCACGUUCCUCUUCGACAACGAGCGGGAGCGUCGCGUCGCCGCCUCAGGCAAGCCGUACGUCGAUCGCACCCUGUCGGCGUGGGAGUGGUUCGACCUGCCGGCACAGCGUACAUCCUACCUCAACCCAGACUACAAACCCGAGCUAGACGACCGCGCAUCCCGCCUCCCCGACGCUGACAUGGGCGUGCUCUUUCCCGAUCCGCGCGAUGUGCGCUUCUGGCACCGCCUCUUCAAGCGCGGCGACGACGAGAUGAACAUGCCCGAAACCUUUCGCGAGGCGCAAGCGCCGGAAGCGCUCCUUGUUGGCCCGUCUCAUCCACCCGACACGCGUCCGGACAUAACACUGGCUCCCAGAAGCCCCGACACCAGUCACUCGCCCCCACCGCUACCGUACGUGCCGCGCGUGCCGGGAUCCAAGCGGGUUGAACGCACACCCUCUUCGAGCGGCCAGACGACACCGCGCGCAAAGUGGAGCUGGAACUCUAUGGGCUCGGGGGCCCUCAGUGCGUUCAAUACGUUCCGUUCGAGCGCGACAGACGCAUACAGCCAUCUAAAGGAACGUAAUGAGGACGAGGGACAACGCGAGAUGGGCUCCUUCGAACCGGGUACGGGUAUUGGUGAGGGACGCCGGGCGAAUCCAUGGGACGGCUCGACCGUACGCCAGGCAAACCCGUGGGACGAUGAUACGUCUUCGCCGGCCACAAAGCCUACCAACAACGCAAACCCUUGGGAUGACGAUACCCCGCCAGCCGGACUACCUGGGUCUGGAGAGUCUGGAGAGCCGGGCCCGAGCAAUGGCCAGCUAAAGCCAAAGCCCAAGCCUGCACGGAGCGCGACCGCCGAGCUCGCAGCCAACCCAUGGACCGAGCCGCCGCGGUCACUGACUGACUUGACGCUCAAGACUGAGGGCCGGAAGGAGAGGAAAGAGGCGAACGAGGCGUCGACGGCGGAGAUGGAGGCGGCGCUGGGAGGGAGUACGGCGUGGGACCCGUUGGGUGCGACUUAG